GACCAGACUCAAGCACUCAGAACCUCGACAAUGGACCGAGUUUAUGAAAUUCCGGAGGAGCCUAACGUGGAUCCAAUUUCAUCUCUGGAGGAAGAUGUCAUCCGUGGGGCCAACCCCCGAUUUACCUUUCCAUUUGGCAUCCUCUUCUCCACCUUUUUGUACUGUGGGGAGGCUGCAUCUGCCUUGUACAUGGUUAGAGUCUAUCGAAAGAAUAGUGAAACCUACUGGAUGACAUACACCUUAUCCUUCUUUAUGUUUUCAUCCAUUAUGGUCCAGUUGACCCUGAUUUUUGUUCACAGAGAUCUGGCCAAAGACAAGCCGCUUUCAUUGUUUAUGCAUCUAAUCCUCUUGGGACCUGUUAUCAGAUGUUUGGAGGCCAUGAUUAAGUACCUCACACUGUGGAAGAAAGAGGGGCAGGAGGAGCCCUAUGUCAGCCUCACCCGAAAGAAGAUGCUAAUAAAUGGCGAGGAGGUGCUGAUAGAAUGGGAGGUGGGCCACUCCAUCCGGACCCUGGCCAUGCACCGCAAUGCCUACAAGCGUAUGUCACAGAUCCAAGCCUUCCUGGGCUCAGUGCCCCAGCUGACCUAUCAGCUCUAUGUGACUCUGAUCUCUGCAGAGGUCCCCCUGGGUAGAGCUGUGCUAAUGGUCUUUUCCCUGAUAUCUGUCACCUAUGGGGCUACCCUCUGCAAUAUGUUGGCUAUCCAGAUCAAGUAUGAUGAAUACAAGAUUCGCCUUGGGCCGUUAGAAGUCCUCUGCAUCACCAUCUGGCGGACAUUGGAGAUCACUUCCCGCCUAGUGAUUCUGGUGCUCUUCUCAGCCACCUUGAAAUUGAAAGCUGUGCCCUUCUUAUUGCUCAACUUCCUGAUCAUCCUCUUUGAGCCCUGGGUUAAGUUCUGGAGGAGUGGUGCCCAGAUGCCUAAUAACAUUGAGAAAAAUUUCAGCCGGGUCGGCACCCUGGUGGUGCUGAUUUCCAUUACUGUCCUCUAUGCAGGCAUCAACUUCUCUUGCUGGUCAGCUUUGCAGUUGAAAUUGGCAGACAGGGACCUUGUUGACAAAGGUCAGAACUGGGGACAUAUGGGCCUGCACUAUAGCUUAAGAUUGGUAGAGAAUGUGAUCAUGGUUUUGGUUUUCAAGUUCUGUGGAGUGAAAGUGUUAUUGAAUUACUGUCAUUCCUUGAUUGCUUUGCAGCUAAUCAUUGCUUACCUGAUUUCCAUUGGCUUCAUGCUCCUUUUCUUCCAGUACUUGCACCCAUUGCGCUCACUCUUUACCCACAACGUAGUGGACUACCUCCAUUGUGUCUGCUGCCACCAGCACCCUCGGGGCAGGAUUGAGAACUCAGAGCCAUCCUGUGAUGCUGAAGCAAGGCCAAGCAUUGUCUGAUUCUAUCUUCUGGGUAUUUGGGGAUAGGUUGGGGUUUGCCAAGAGCAACUUUGAAAUUGAAGGAGAGGAUGAGGCUCUUAGGUGAGUACUCACUAGGAUAUUUUCUUGAAUUUUCUGGUAAGCCUAUAAGAAGAAAGAACAGCUCCCAAAUAGGUUUUAUGUCCUUAAGAUUGGUCUGUUUGGAAAAGGGGGUAGCUACUGUAUACCAAGAAGGAUCAGAGAUAUGGUGAACACCCCCUCCCACCCAGGGAAGCUGUGGCUGCCCGAGGGGAUAAUUUACCUCCAAGCACCUUAAGCUCUCUGGGUGUGAUCUUGUAGCUCUGCUCAUUUGCUUGAGGCAUUACUGAGUUUUCCUAGGGCUGAGAUGAAGGCCCAGAAUUCCACCAGAACAUAUCUGGACUGAUUAGAGAGUAUGACAACUUGCUAGUUAUGGGUACCUCCCAGGAACCUGGCUGGUUAAUGUGGAAUUGUAACUGUAAGCAUGGCUGGUUGUUUUUUGUUUUUGUUUUUGUUUUUUUGUUUUGUUUUUUUUAAUUCCAAUGAGAAACUCUGGUUUAAGAAGAAAACCCCCACUAUUAAAAGAGCUGCUCCCCAAACAAGUUAGCUUUCCAUUAGGGUUUUACUAGUGAUCUUUCAUCAAAGACCUCUCUUUUCAAGCAGCCCUUCAUAGGCACACUCUGAGGAGGGAGUGCUGACUAGGAUUCCUUCAGGGCAUAAGCCAGAAUGACUCUUUCUCAGGGACCUGCAUGGGCACCAGCUUGUGGAAUGGAGUGGUUGAGGAAAAUCUCUCACUUCAUGCCUCAUUAUCAGGAAUUCCCUCCAACCUGGUUUUUCUGUGCUCUUGGCAUUUGACUACUUGAUAUAGAUUGCAGAGAGGCUGAACUGUAAUUAAAAAUGUUUUUAAUGUAAGGAAGAAAUGAAGAUUGCUUUGCAUCUCCUACUAUUCUGAGUAUUUUGCUGGGGUUUUUUUUAGGGGAUGGAGAAGGUAAUAAUAGCUGGAAUAUUACCUUCAUGCUGUUUGGGGUUUAGAUGGCAGCUACUACUACUACUACUACUACUACUACUACUACUAGGGAAACGAGAUUACAUUAACUCAUCAUUGGUACUGGUUUUUGCCUACAGGAUUUUAUUUUGCAAUAAGGAAUGUUUAUCAACCUUCUGCUCAUUCUCAUACCCCCAGUGGAUGAAUACAUAUCUCCUUUUUUCAUGUAUCUCAUAUCAGUUGGGUAUUUUGAUGGGAAUGUCAGCUAGAUGCCUCUAAGGUAACCAAGAAAUUGAGGUUAGGAGGGCCACUGCCACCUGGGACCCAGUAUCUCAGUAUUUGAGAAUUCCUAGUAGCAUGUACCAACUGUUGCUACUGCAAGGUUUUGAGAAAUUGUGAACAAUCUGACCUAAAGCUUCUCAUUCCCAUGUGAUGCCCACCUAAAGAUCACAUUACUCUUGAGAUCACAUUAAGAAUUUUAGCCAUUUCCCUUCCUCUUAUCCAGUGUCAUGACUUUAUGGUAGAGGUAUUCCCUCUUUUUAAGUAGCGGGGCUCUUAGCCAGAAUGGUCCUAUUUCCUGGUAUGUCUAGUGUGGGUUUUCCCAUCUUCAACCGCUGUUUGGGGCUAAAAGGAUUGGAUAAUUGAUUUGGGGAAGAGUAAAGUGACUCGCUUUGGAGCAGUGAAUAUUUUCUUUUCCAGUCCAACUCCCUCAUUUUAUCUUUGAUGAUGAGACUUAGGUUGAUGUCAUAAAAAGCUCAUACUCUUGUCUUCUGACUAUGUAAUUUAAGGUGAAUUUGAAUGAAUCUAUUAGGCCUCCAGAAGAACACACUGUCUCUUGGAAUUCAAGCAAUAAUUUCUCCCUAGUGGUUAAUAUGCCCUUCUAUUAAAAUCAGAAGCAGCGUGGAACUGUAAUUUAGUCCGUAAAAGGCAUGUGAAUCAGCUUACUUAAGGUACAGGUGUGAUGAGAACACAGUGACACACACCAAGCCAAGCAGGCCAAUUAGAGCUAGAGUGGAGAUACACAGGGCAGAAACCAUGUGCCUUGGCACUAGACCGGGUGUAUUUUUCCCCCCACAUAGCCUCCCCAGCCUCCAUGACUUAAUAUCUCUGGAAUGCAAGGAGUUCAGGGUGAGGGGUAUGGAGCACCUUGGGACCUGAAAAACCUGCUGCCCUUUCCUUAGGAGAAGAGAGUCUAGCCAUACCUUAUGCAAAUGAACUCUCAAAACCUCCUCUAGGUGGUGGCCUUCCUGUUGCACAGCAGUAUUCUAGAUACACAGGAAAAGGAGAAAUUUCAAAAUACGAUGGUAGGGCAAGGGAAGUGCUCCUAUCUGCAUACACCUCUUUAACUGCUCUCUUUUUUGCACUUUGAAAUCUUAAAGCGACACAGGGUACUUGUGUAGGGGCAAGUCUUAGUGGGAGAGGAGGCAGAGAUGGGGCCAGCAAAUGGGUCUUGGAAAUGGAAGGCAGAACCAUGAAGUUUGGGGGAAAGAGAGGCUGAUGUAGCAACAGCUUUUUUUCAUAUUAUUGGAAAUUCGGUAGGCUAAGUAUGGGCAAAUGGACCUGUUAAGGAAAUGUAUUAAAUAAACUAAUAGUUGUCAGUUUCAUUUGUUCCACAAAUACUUUGAAGGCUAUGGGGCAUAGAACUGUGAGGCACUGUAGGAGAAUUAAAUAAUAUCUAAUAUUUAUAAGCAUUUACUGUAUAUCUGGCAUGGGUGCUUUAUAUGCACUAUUUCUUUCAUUCAGUCCUCAAAACAACCCUCAUGAGGUUGGUACUAUUAAUCCUUCAUUUUACAGAUGAAGAUUCUAAGGCCUAGAAAAGGGAAGUGACCUGCCCAAAGCCACAGGUCAUAUCAGAGCCAGGAUUCAGUUUUAGGCACUCAGGCUCCAGAGCUUCCACUCUUAAUCAUGACACAAGCCUCUAAAUCCUCUUAGGUCCUUUGUGGAAUUAUUUUAAUAUGUUAGCGGUUCCAGGAAUAUUUUCUGGGCUAUCGUUGGGUUCAUCUCAAGCAUUCUUACAAACACUCGUAAUCAAGAGGCAUCACUCAACUUACCCUAGAGGAAAAAGGUCAAGUCCUAAAAGGCCUGGAAUGAAAUUGAGUAUGUGUUCACAUGUAUUUAUAUGUACUUAUAUUUAUGUUUACAUGUAGUUAUAUACAGGGAGUGGGAGAGUAGGGUGAGGGAUAGUGGUAGAUGGACCCAUUUCCUUUCUAAUUUCAGGAUUUUGUUUCCUGUGUGUUCUUAAACCUUCUAGACCCUGUUGUGGUAAUAAAACUGGAGGGAGCAAUUCGUACUUAGGUUUGUAGGACUCUCCUCACCCCCACCACCUCAAACAACCAAUCACAGCAGGGGAGUGCUGAAGCCUACUCUCUUAUACUUCCUCUUAGCAACAUUGUCCUUACACCUCCUGAGAA